AUGACCUUCUCAACCACCGCAGCCCCCAGCUCUGCGCCGGCGCAACUGGGGGACACGUCUCCAUCAUUGAAUAAAGAUCUUAUGCCACAAUCGCGCGAAAUGGGGGAUGUCAUUCCGAGCCGGACACCCCCGGCGAGCCAGGAAAAGUCUGACGCGAAGCCAUUUGCACAUUUCGUUGCUGGUGGAUUGGGCGGCAUGACUGCUGCAACGCUCACUUCGCCGCUUGAUGUCCUGAAGACGCGCCUGCAGUCUGACUUCUACCAGGCACAGCUUCAGGCUCUGCGCGCCUCGAAACCUGCACCGCUACCAACGUCCAACACCCUCGUCAAUCUCACCCGGACUGCUGGCAUGCACUUUAGCGAGACCUUCCAGAUCCUUCGCUCAAUACACGUCCACGAAGGAUGGCGCGCGCUAUUCAAGGGCCUGGGACCGAACCUGAUCGGCGUGGUGCCCGCACGUGCUAUCAACUUUUAUGUCUAUGGAAACGGAAAACGCAUACUGAGCGAUUACUUUGACUACCGGAGCGCCGAGCAAACUCCCAUGGGGAUCCACCUGACCGCUGCUGCCAUCGCCGGUAUCGCCACAGGCACGGCAACCAACCCGAUCUGGCUGGUCAAGACACGUUUGCAAUUGGAUAAGUCGAAUGCCGAACAUGGCAAGAGUCGCCAAUACCGCAACAGCUUUGACUGCAUCAAACAGACUGUGCGCCACGAAGGCAUUCGCGGUCUCUACCGCGGUCUGUCCGCUUCCUAUCUGGGUGUGACUGAGUCGUCUCUCCAGUGGGUGAUGUACGAGCAGAUGAAAAUGUAUCUUGCUCGCCGUGAUGCCCUCAAGCACGCCGACCCUGCGUACGACUACACUUCGUGGGAUUCUGCAGAGCUGUGGGGUGGACGAAUCACUGCGGCUGGUUUGGCGAAGCUGAUCGCUGCUGCCAUUACCUACCCUCACGAGGUCGUCCGCACGCGUCUGCGUCAGGCACCGACCGUCUCAUUAGGCAAUGGCAAGGUUGAAAUGAAAUACACCGGCUUGGUGCAGUGCUUCAAGACCGUCUGGAAGGAAGAGGGAAUGGUGGCCAUGUACGGCGGUCUGACGCCACACUUGCUUCGUGUCGUUCCCUCUGCUGCGAUUAUGUUCGGAAUGUACGAGUUCAUCCUGCGGAUGUUCGGCACUACCUCAUAA